AUGGCUUACUAUCUCACCGAUGGAAUUUAUCCGAAAUGGGCAACUUUUAUCCAAUCUAUUCCAAUACCACAAGGACCGAAAGCGGUUUUAUUUGCUCAACAUCAAGAAGCUGUCCGAAAAGAUGUCGAGCGUGCUUUUGGAGUCUUGCAAGCUCGCUUUGCCAUCGUUAAAAAUCCAGCACUUUUUUGGGAUAAAGUCAAAAUUGGUAAGAUUAUGAGGGCAUGUAUCAUACUUCAUAAUAUGAUAGUGGAAGAUGAACGAGCAGGAUACAGUCAAUUUGAUCUUACCGAUUUCCAAGACGGAGAAGACAAUGGAACUUCACAUGUCGAUCUCACGUAUUCUACAGAUAUCCCUUCAAAUAUUGCCAAUAUGAUGGGCGUUCGAACUAGAAUUCGUGAUCGACAAAUGCAUGAACAACUGAAAGGUGAUUUGGUUGAACAUAUGUGGCGUAGAUUUGGAGGUGAUGAAGACAACCAAUGA